AUGCCAAAAGCGGCCGCAUCAGGACCUUCAAAAUCGGCUUCGACCAGGGGCGUUGAAGUGGCCGCUACGAUGAACGAGCUCGAGUUCUUCUACCGCAAUUGUUUGACCCGGCUUAGCAGCUUCUCGCCGGAGGGCCCCAAAGAUAAUUUGAUCCUUCCCAGUGCUGGCGGAGUGCCGCUAGAGAUGCAGGGAUCGAACGAAGAGAUGGAUGUGGAUGUGGAUCAAUAUACCCUAGCGAUCAAGCAGAUUUCUCCAUUCGUAUCCCCUGCAUCGCCGUAUUCUCCUGACGGACAUGCAUGUCACCACAACCCCGGGUUCCUCACCAGGUCAUGGUCUUCUGGUACUCUCCUCUCCACUCGCAAACGGAGCCUCUCCGCAUCAUACCCUCUCAAACUCUUAUCUCCCUCACCUCUUACCUCGACACCGGAGAACCUGGGGACGUGCUAUGUGCUCGCUUACGGAGGAGGACUGGUAGCGGGGGAUGAGAUCAGCUUGGAUAUCGUCGUCCAGGCUGGGGCGGGGUUGUUGCUCUUGACGCAGGGGAGUACGAAGGUGUUCAGGGUCAGACCGGGGUUGAGGCCGUUAUCACUCGGCCCGCAACGGAAUCCCGGGAGUGGGAAGGAUCAUGGGAAGACGAUUCAACGACAACAUAUCCGGGUUGAACAGGACGGAUACCUCCUCCUUCUUCCCAACGCCGUACAGCCGUACGCCUCGUCGUCAUACCAUCAAGCACAACGAGUCACCUUGCAAGGCCAUGGGUCGAGCGUCGUCCUCCUCGACUGGUUCACAUCCGGAAGAUCUCUGUCCGUCUCAAAGACGUCGACAAGGGGGAUUGUAGGCUGUGGGAAGACGAAGGAAGAAUGGGAGUUUGAGAGGUAUUCGAGCUUGAACGAGGUCGUCCUCGACGGAGAGGUGAUCAUGCGGGAACGUACGGUGUUGGACAAUGAUAACGGGGACGAAACGAUACCAUCAACAGAGACACCAACAGCGGCCAAGGGAACAAUACCGAUACCGACCUUGGCAGAUCGUAUGCGGCCGUACCAGACCUACGCUACUAUGCUCAUCUACGGCCCACAUUUCCAAACCCUCCUCAAAGCUCUUCAAACGCUCUCACAGGAUCCCAGUCAAACGCAGUUCCAAGCUCAACGGCCGAACGGGACGUUACUCUGGUCUUUCAGCCUCGUCGGCAAGUCGGCUAGUAGGAGCGGGGAUGCACAACAAGGUGGGGUCUUGAGAGUAGCCGGGGUGGAGACGGAGGUCGUGGGCGAGUUCAUCAGGGGCGUUUUGGAACGGGGAGGCGUAGAACGAUUGGUAGGGAAGGGGCUUUGGGAGAGGAUUUGGUGA